UGUUCAUGAAAGUGUCAGAAGUUUUGGGUUUGAUGGUGCACAUGAGAAAGUAAACAAUAUUUUUAUAAGGAUUUUUCAUGGGAAAAAAUUUUGUCAGUGCCAUGAAUUUAAUACAGAAGAGCUUCCUUCCAACUGGCAAAUCACAUUCAGCCACUGUCAUUUUCUUCCAUGGAUCCGGUGACACCGGGAGCAAUCUCGUGGAGUGGAUAAGAUUUCUUUUGGGGCAGGACAUGACCUUUGGACAUAUUAAGAUGGUUUUUCCUACGGCCCCUCUUCAAAAAUACACUCCUCUUGAUGGCGAGUUGUCCAAUGUCUGGUUCGAUCGUAAAUCAAUAUCAAUAGAAGCCAAAGAGUGCCGAUUGUCCCUGGCAUCCAUUUAUGAGACUGUGGGCGAAUUGCUGAAGACUGAAAUUGAUGCAGGAAUUCCAGAAAAUCGCAUCAUUGUGGGUGGAUUCUCAAUGGGAGGUGCUUUGGCUAUGCAUACGGGUUUUCAUAUCAAUCAGUCCCUGGCAGGAGUCUUUGCCAUUUCAUCCUUCUUGAACAGAGGCUCAAUUGUCUAUGAUUCCCUGAAAAAUCGGACAAAUUCCCUCAAACCACUUCCGAAUUUUCUGAUGUUUCAUGGAGAAAGGGAUAUGCUGGUGCCUCUAAAAUGGGGCAAGGAAACAUUUGACAAUCUCCAGGAUCAUGGAGUAAAUGGGACUUUUGUACCUGUCCGGAAUACCAUGCAUGAGCUCAAAAAAUCAGAACUUCUUCAACUGAAGGAUUGGAUUGCCUCCGUUUUGCCUCCACUUGAGAGUGACCUAACAAAUAAAUUGUGAGUGGAUCAAGUACAUCUUUUCAACAGGGAUAAUGUGAUAAGUUCUGGUUGAAUGCUUUCACCGGGAAAAUUUGGGCUAAAUUGAGGAUAUUCAUGGGUUGGUUUAGUACAGUUAUUCCAAACUUUUGUGUUCAAAAUCAUUUUUAAUUUUUAAAUUGCAAACUCUUCUGAAAUGUUAUGCAUGUUAUAUUAAAAUUAUGUUAAAGAAAAGAAAAUUAAACCAGUUUCGAGUAAAAUUAAAGAGCGCAAAGAGCACUUUAGAAUGGAAAAAAAUGUUCUCUCUUUCAGUUAAAAACAGAUUAUUUUCCAUCAUUUAAUGAUCAAGCGAGUUUAAUAGAAAGGUAAGAAUUUUACCUUAUUAAACAAAAGAAUGCAUAAAUAUUUUAGAAAAAUAUAGACGACAAUUGUAAAUUUCUUUAUAUUUACAGAAUUAUAGCAAUAUGGGUUUGAAAAGCAAAA